GAAGUGUCCUUAGGAGUCUUAGGAUUCCCAGUUUUUCUGGCUGGAAUGCUGGAUACAGAUGGGAGUUUAGUCUGAUUUUAUAUGUGCUUCACAAGCUGGACUCCUAACAAAGCUGAAAUACUUUUAACCAGUGGGUUUAGAAUUAAACCUAAAUACUUCAUAUUUCUUGCUUGCAAUCUAGAUUGGAGUAACCAUAAAACUAAAGGCAAUUGAUAAUUUUAACACUGACGUAUAUGAUAUAUACAAGUAUUAGAAUAUAACUGCAAUCACUAAGCAUGACUGCACGAGUGCUCAUGUAUCUCUGUAUUACUCUACUCUCUUGAAAAUCCUAGAUGUUUUGAGAUGUAGAGGAAGAAAAUUAACUGCCUUUUAUUUUCUUUAUCUUUAUGUACUGAUGGUAGACCACAAAGUGCAGAUAUGCAAGUUCUUCCUUCAACAACGAUGUCGAUAUGGUGCUAACUGCCGGUUAUCGCAUGGAACACUAAUGUCCCUGUCUUCCCUGAAGAAGUAUGUGUCACCUAGUUGGGGGCAGCCAUUUGUAGGAGCUAGCAUUUUGGCAGUUUCAGGGAAUGGAGCUAGCAUUUGGAGAGAGGCUGAACUUGAAUCUUGGGACGACAAACUCAAUAAAGGCCUGGUUGUAUUUCGUGACGAUGGAAGCUCAGAGACGGUGGGGGCAGAAGCAAUGUCAUUAUCAUUCGAGUGACAGA